ACCAUGUCUAAAUUUUAUACUUGAGCUGCAUCAGUUUUGGCUCAGUUGUAAUGCGGUUCAUUCUCAUGAAUAGCAACAUAAAAGCUGACAACACAGGACCCAACUGCUUCAUGACAAAUACACGUCAGGCGUUUUUAAACAGGUUGCACAGACCCUGCCGUGUUUUCUGACCAGAUUAAGCUCUUGAGGUUUAAUAAUGCAGCCAGCCACAGGGACCUUCCUGUGUCUUGGACGUUCAUACAUCAAUGUGUGUGACUAUUUAUUCAAGGCUGUACCACAGGAUGGGUUUCGUUCUGAAGUCUGACGUGGUAACUGCAAAACAUCAUGGCCAUUCUUGUGCUGAUUAAUCUUAGCAGUUGUUCACAUUUGUUCCAACAGUGGUUGAAACAGUGCUCCUGGUUGCCUACUGCUAAGGUCUAUGACCUGUGGUUCUUGAGUUCGCCUGGUAAGGUGAUUGAAAAUCCCUUGACUGUAUGAUCAACCUCUGUUUGCCUGGAUAACCUUCUGCAAGAGCAAUACAACUGCUACAGACCUACAUCAUGGCUAGUGUCUGUCUUUUUGUCUGCCGCCUCCUCACUGCUGAGUGACUAUGGAGGAUACACCGUGGUUUUUGCCUUUACUGGGGUCACUGGUCACCUCUGAUUAUGUCUGCUUGUGGACCUGUAGAACUAAGUAUUCUGGAAUGUGCAUUGAGGUCUCCUCACACCCUAACGUGGGUAGUAUGUUUUCGGACAUGCACGUCUGACCCUUUUAGCUGUUGACCUCUACUGCACAAGACCUCCUUUUUGGAACUGUAGCAAUUAUUAAUUUAGGAAGCAGCUGGGUUCAUCCACCAAAGAAGGUAGAAGCAGCUUGGAAAAGUGCCUCAAGCCAUUUAUCAAAUACAAAACUACAGAACCCCCUCCACCCACACACUAUAACUUCCACUGAACUGGUAUUGGGCGCUGUUUCUGCAAGAUGCCAACCUUAUUGACUCUCACCAGCAGUGCGCACAGCUGUGGGUGAGUGUACUUCUGAAGACCUCUCCCAGGGUUAUACUGGGCCUUCUAAAUCCCCUUUAGCUGCAGGACCGUUCUUUUUGAAAAGAAUUACGAGUUCUAAAUGAAAUGAGUAUUAAAUAUGCACGGCCCGCAUGUCCACUUCCGUCUGCACAAGAUCAACUACGAGGGGUUUAUUCUUUCACUAACGUGGACAUACAGAGGGCCUAUAACUUGCAACAAUAAUGAGUGGAUGCCAAACCUUUUUACUACUUGCAGUCGUUAUGAAAAUUUCAAUAUGCCAUAUGGGUUGGGUAACGCCUCUUUCAUUAAUAUUGUACUUAGAGACUGCUUUGCAAUCACAGAGAUGGCAUUUUGAGCUUUUCCUGAACAUGUUGGUUAUAGCAGGUCUGUACUUGAAUGCCUGUUAGAAAAAAAACCUAAUUUUUAAAGUAUAUAUAGUCAAAGCAGAGAAGUGUGAAAUUCACAAGUAGUCAACCUCUUACCUGGGUUAUGUUAUUUGCCCCAAAGAGGUUACUAAGAAAUUUGUUCAUUUCUAACAUUGAUUUAUCUGAAAGUUCAGCAGCAUUGUUUGUCUGUGCAUCCUCCUAACAGGCAUCCCCGAGCAGCCUGCAAGUUCCUGAAGGACGUCUUCACUAGAGCGCUCAUUCCUAACCCCUGAGACACUAAUGAGCCUUCUGUUGUUGACGGUGAUAUUUCAUAGGCUGUUCUGUCACAUUGUGGAGAACGCCGUGUUUCCAUGGAGACAGUGUCGGCUCUCAGCCUGAAACGCAGAUUCGAGGAGGUGGACGGUGGCUCGCCGUGCUCGACCGCCAAAGACUCGGAUGAUGACAUCUCCAGCAGCGACAGUGCGGACAGUUGCGACAGCCUCAACGCCCCCUCCAGCUCCCUCACGCCCACCUCCAUUCUCCGGCGCCACAAGACGUCGCUGGGCCGGAAGCGGGUGCGCUUCGACGCCGUGACUGUCUACUACUUCUCCAGGCGCCAAGGCUUCACCAGCGUGCCGAGCCAGGGCGGCAGCUCGCUGGGCAUGGCCCGCCGGCACUGUGCCACGCGCCGCUACACGCUGCGCGAGUUCGCCCGCGAGCAGGAGAGCAGUCGUCGCCGGGCACUGCGGCAGCACCUUCGCCAAGAGAAGCUUAACGCUCGCAAGCUGAAGCUGACGCGGAACGGGACGGUGGAGUGUGCCCAAGCAGAGCUGCUGACACUGGACGAUGUGUCGGACGAGGACCUGGACGUGGAGGGCGUGGAGGUGGACGACUGCUUCUUCCUGCAGCCGCUGCCCACCAAGCGCCGCCGCGCCCUGCUGCGUGCCUCGGGCAUCGCCCGCAUCGAUGCCCGCGAGAAGACAGAGCUGCGUGCCAUCCGGCUGUCCCGCGAGGAGUGCGGCUGCGACUGCCGCUUCUACUGCGACCCACACCAGUGCGGCUGCAGCCAGGCUGGCAUCAAGUGCCAGGUGGACCGGAUGUCAUUCCCGUGCGGCUGCUCCCGUGAAGGUUGCCGAAACACAGCUGGUCGGAUCGAGUUCAACCCGCUCCGGGUGCGCACCCACUACUUGCACACCGUCAUGAAGCUGGACCUGGAGAAGAGACGUCUGCUCGGCUCCAGGCACGGGGAGGAGUCUGGGGAGGAGGCGGAGCUGGCCUCCUCAUCCCCACCCCUCUCCCUCUCACCCCUGGACUCGGACGCGGAGGCCGUGCGAGAGCUCCUGGAGGAGCACUGCGACAGCUUGGAGCGGGAGAACGAGACAGCCGUACUGCACCUGCAGAGCGCCGAGGAGCAGGAGAGGAGGCGCCAGCGCGAGGAGGCGCAGGGCGAUGGGAUGGCCGCGCCCGAGCCGGCGCUGUGCCUUCUGCAUGGCGAGCUGAAUGGCCAGGCCGGCGUGGAGGGCGUGCUCCUCCAGGGAGCGUUCCCAGGAGGAGCUGCCCUGCUCUGCAUCGCUGAGAACCAGGAAGAAGGCCCUGCCCCGCAGGGCCCGCUAAAGGAGCGGUCCCCGCUGCUCUACUACCAGAUCGGCCCUGUCGAGACGGCCGCCUUCGAGACGUUCCCGGGGCAGGGGGAGGCGGGAGAGGCCGCGAGCCAGCGGCACGAACCCCAGACCUGCAGGCAGGACCAGGUCGAGAGCUCCGCCGGCGAGCAGCCUUCACCCCUGCACCCUGAGUGCCAUCUGGGCCCUGAAGAAGGGCAGAAAAGCUGCCCGCCGCCAGACGGGGAGGCAGUACAGCUCCCUCCAGAGGUGUAGAGUCCAACAGCACUGCAGAUGUUUUGCACAAGAUUUGUAUUACAGUUCAAGAGAGCCUACUCUGCACAGGGUAGAACCGCUGUGCGCCUGCGUGACAGUAACGUUUAGAUGUUGAAGGAAUGGAUGCUGACAAUGGUUUGUAUCUGCUAUGAGAUAAGCAUGUACUGUAUUCGAAGUAGGUCUUUCAUGGGUUAAAAAACAAAACAAUGAAAAACGUUAUUGAAAAGAAUAAAAAAAUAGAAUAAUUUAUUUAUAAAAAGGCUAAAAAGAAGCAGAAGGCAGGGGAGCUGAGCCGGUGGGUUGGUGGUGUUGGGGUCCUGAGCAAGUUUGCAGGUUAUGCACGGUUUUUGAUUUUUUUCUUUCUCCCAGCGCAGUAUCAGGUCAGCGUUUGAUACUGGUGGAAAAUGUGGCCUUUUAUGUCAAGGAGCAAGCAUUUUCAGGAUGGCCCAGUGGGUCACCCGGGCCGCACAAAUGCCUUGAGUUUCCAGUGCUGUAGCUCACUGACCCACUGGGACUAUUGGCAGUAUAACAGCUGAGUGAACUGCGAGGAGCUAAUGCCACGACCUGACCUGAGGGGAGUGGGAG